AGCACCUUUAAGUUUAAGUCGGAGAGUGAUAUCCACCUGGCCGAGCACCAUAAGCAGGUCCUGUAUGAUGGGAAGCAGGCCAGCUCCAUCUCUUCACCUACAACGCCAAGGCCACCGAAUGCACAGCUCUGUCUGGAGUCAUCACCCAGGGAGAACGCAUCCAUCUUCGUUCACUCACCACACGCACUCAUGCUGCAGGAUGUGAAGCCAUAGUGACCCACUCCAUCCACAGUGCUAUCCACUCUAUCGGAGGGAUUCAGGUCCUCUUCCCUCUCUUCUCACAGCGGACUACAGACAACUCAACGACAGCUCUGUGGACACCCACCG